AUGGCCACCCCUAGUGUUCUCGUCUUUGACGGUGAGGGUCGGGCCGUUGACUUUGAGGUCUGGAUAGAUGACCUGCAGCUGUUCUUACAGUGCGAUAGGGCAGACGGCCUCUCUCUCUUUGACCUCACCUCUGGCGCCUCCACUGCCCCUGCUGCUGAUGCUGACGCCACUGUUCGCUCCCAGUGGGCCACGCGCGACGCUGCUGCACGUCUUGCUGUGCGUCGCCACCUCCCUACCUCCGAGCGUGCGCACUUUAGUCAGUACAAGAGUGCUCAGACCUUGUACGACGCUGUAGUUGCGCGCUACUCCUCCCCUGCCACUGCUGCACUGAGCCGUCUCAUGCUACCGUACCUCUUUCCUGACCUUGCUGCCUUUCCCACAGUCGCUGACCUCAUUACGCACCUCCGCACUAGUGACACUCGCUACCGAGCUGCACUCCCUCCUGACUUCUGCGCCAAGAACCCCCCCCCCAUGUACAUCACUCUUUACUACAUAGUCACUCGCCUUCCUGACUCCCUUCGCGUAGUCAGGGACCACUUUCUCUCUGUCUGUCCCACCACUCUCACUGUUGACCUCCUCGAGAAGUCCCUCCUAGCGGCCGAGAAGAGCAUAGUCGCUGUAGGGGCCUCUCGUGGUGACCCGCGCACCCCCAUCUUUGAGGGGUGUUCCCCCUCCCCCCUUCUGCCCUCUGUUGCCUCUGCUGCUGCGGCCGACCUCCUUGGUCUUGAGUCGGUCGGUGUGGCGUCUGCCCCUAGCGGGAGACGCCGCUCUGGCAAGGGCAAGGGGGGCAAGGGCGCUGGAGGAGCGAGCGGGGGCGGUGGAGGUGGAGGUGGCGGCAGUGGGGGGAGUGGGGGUGGUGGUGGGGGUGGAGGGGUCGGUGGCGGCAGUGGAGGCGGAGGUGGCGGCGGCGGUGGCGGUGGGAGCGGAGGUGGCGGAGGAGGCGGCGGUGGAGGCGGAGGCGGAGGCGGCGGCAGUAGCGGAGGCGGCGGAGGCGGCGGAGGCAGCGGGGGUGGCGGUGGUGCUGGUCGCGGGUCUUCGCAGAGGAGUGGCUCCGGUGGUGGCUCGCGCCAGCAGCUGCAGCGUGGUCGUGACACCCUGUCCCCUCAGCAGCUUCGUGAGUGGUACACUGCGCGUCAGCGGGGUGGGGGUUUUGGUCCGUGCUCCUACGUUUUGCGCACCGGCGACCGUGCGGGUGAGCAGUGUGGGGGUGCCCACCUCACCCAGCGCUGCUUUGGCCGCCUGACGGACGCGUGGCGUCACCAGUUCCCGGAGGCCUCAGAGAUCCCUCGCUGGGGCGAGCUGUCCAGGGCGGGUGUUGCCAUCUAUGAUCUUGACUUUGAUGCUAUUCUCUCUGCCAUGUAUGCUGUGUCUAUUAGUGAUGAGGGUGACUGUUACCGGUGUUUCCCGCCCGAUCCGGGCAUUGAGACUGCUGCGCUAGGUCCUGGUGAGGCUGCUGCCCUAGGUGCUUGCGACGCUGCUGCUCUAGGUGCCCGUGUGUCUGCGUCCUCAGGUACUGGUGAGUCUGCGCUCUCAGGUACUACGUCGGCUUCGGCCUCCCUCACCUUCACCCUUGACUCUGGGGCGUCUCGCUCCUUCUUUCGGGACUGCACCACACUCACACCGCUGAGUCGGCCGGUUGCAGUGUCUCUGGCUGACCCCUCUGGGGGUCCUGUCCUGUCUCGCUUCUCCACAGUCCUCCCGUGUCCGGCGGCUCCCUCUGGCACCCUGUCUGGUCUCUACCUCCCCUCGUUCUCUACGAACCUGGUGAGUGGUGCUGACCUCCAGGAUGCGGGUGUACACCAGUUCACUCCUGCGCGUCAGCGGGUGACGCACUGUACAGAGGCUAGCACAGGCCGACACCUGGCUACGUUUACUCGUCAGCCGGGGUCGAGCCUGUACACUCUGACCACUGCGUCUCCUCCAGUUGCUGAGUCUGGUAGGGUAGCUACGUCGGGUCAGGUGUUUGCUGCGGCGUCCAGGUCUGGUCCUGAGUCUGCCCCCUGUUCGUGUCGUCUCCUGUCUCACGAGACUCUCCUCUGGCACCACCGCCUUGGCCACCCCUCUCUGCUUCGGCUCAGAGGUAUGGCCUCCCGUCUUCUUGUGUCCGGUCUCCCCCGGUCCCUCCCUCCCCUUCCUCAGGGCCCUGGCCCUGCCUGUGUCCCCUGUGUCGAGGGGCGCCAGCGUGCUGCCCCUCACUCCUCCCAGUUCCCUCCGACAGAGGCCCCGUUGCAGACACUUCACAUGGAUGUGUGGGGCCCAGCCCGCGUCCGUGGACAGGGUCACGAGCGCUACUUCCUGCUCGUUGUUGACGACUACUCGCGUUACACCACAGUCUUCCCCUUGCGCAGCAAGGGUGAUGUCACUGAGGUGCUGAUCGACUGGAUCCGCGCAGCUCGUCUCCAGCUCAGGCAGAGCUUCGGCUCGGACUUUCCUGUUCUGCGUCUGCACUCGGACAGAGGCGGAGAGUUCUCCUCUGGCCUUCUGCGUGCCUACUGUCGUGCACGGGGCAUCCGUCAGACCUUCACGCUUCCGGACUCACCGCAGCAAAAUGGGAUUGCUGAGCGCCGCAUUGGCAUGGUCAUGGACGUCGCUCGUACGUCUAUGAUGCAUGCGGCUGCCCCCCAUUUUCUGUGGCCGUUUGCGGUGAGGUACGCGGCGCAUCAGAUCAACCUCCACCCCAGGGUCUCCAGGCCGGAGACCUCCCCAGCCUUGCUGUGGACGGGGAAGGUUGGCGAUGCGUCGGCGUUCCGGGUCUGGGGAUCUCGGGCGUUUGUCCGCGACCUGUCUGCGGACAAACUAUCCCCUCGUGCUGCUCCUUGCGUCUUCCUGGGGUUCCCCCUUGACGCGCCUGGGUGGCAGUUUUACCACCCCACCUCUCGCCGUGUUCUGUCCUCCCAGGACGUCACGUUUGACGAGUCGGUCCCCUACUACCGCCUCUUCCCCUACCGCACUCCGUCCCUCCCCCCACCCCCACUCUUCCUGGUACCAGGUCCCCCCCAGGUAGACCCCCUCCCCCCUCAGGGUCCUGCCCCUUCAGGUGUGUCCCAGGUAGACGCAGUCGAGCCUGUCGAGGUCACUGGUGACUCUGGUGCUGCUGAGGGUGCUGAGGCUGGGGGUGCUGUGCCUGGGGGUGCGGAGCCUAGGGGUGCUGGGCCUGGGGGUGCUACGUCUGGGGGUGCUGAGCCUAGGGGUGCUGAGCCUGGGGGUGCUGAGCCUGGGGGUGCUGAGCCUGGGGGUGCUGAGUCUGGGGGUGCUCAGCCUAGGGGUGCUGAGCCUGGGGGUGCUGAGCCUAGGGGUGCUACGUCUGGGGGUGCUGAGCCUAGGGGUGCUACGCCUGGGGGUGCUGAGCCUGGAGGUGCUCCGCCUGGAGGUUCUCCGAGUGCUUCGUCUCGCCGGGAGCCACUUUCUCCACAGGAGCUGCGUGAGUGGUUUGCCCGGCGCUGGAGGCGUGCUGCUGGUGCUGGAGGUCAUUCGGCUGCUGAGGGGGCUGCGGUCGCGGGUCCCGGAGGUGCUCGUCCUGGGUGCACUGGAGCUGGUGCUGCUGAGGGUGUUGGCGCUGAGACUACCGCUGGCAGUCCUGCUGGGGGUGCUCCUGGUGCUGCUGGAGGUUCUGGAGCUACUGGUGGUACUGCUGGAGCGGGUGCUCCUGCUGAGGGUUCUGGUGCUGUCCCUGCUGCUUCUAGCGUCGCCGCGCGGCCUCGACCGUACUUCGUUCCACUCCUGCAGCAGGUUCUUGGUCUUCCACCUUCUACUGGUCCUCCUCCUCCCUUAGAGUGUCCACAGCCUGUCUCGUCCCAGCUACAGUUGCAGCCUACCUACCCUUUGCCUGCUCCUUCUCCCUACACUGGUCCUACUGGAGGUCUGGCUGAGCGUCGUGAGCCUGCGUCUCGCCCUGCGUCGCCUGUCCGUACUGCUCGCACUAGUGGUCGCGGUUCCCGUCAGCGUCCUCCUCCUGUCCCUGGCACGCACCGGAUGUCUCUGCGUCCGUCCACUGCUCCUCUGCGUGCCCCUUUGCCUUCUCCUCCUGAGUCCUCUCUUCCUGCUCUUCCUGACCCGGAGUCGGACUCCCUUCGUGCUGCCAGUCCUACUGUCACGCGUCUCCUUGCUACUGUUGUCACUGACCCUUCUUUCGAGUCUACUGCUGCGUCUGCUCUCUGUGCCCUUGGCACGGACGUCCUUGAGGACAGGCAGGAGGAGUUCCAGUGUCUGGCAGCUGCCUCACCUCAUCUCGUGUCCGUACUGCUUACCCCUGAGGGAGACCCGGAUGCACUUGACAUCCCGACUCCGCGCUCUUACGCGGAGGCGAUAGAGGGUCCCUACUCCUCUCAGUGGCAGGCAGCUAUGGAUGCAGAGAUGGCUUCCUGGAAGUCUACAGGCACCUACGUUGACGCUGUCCCCCCUCCUGGGGCGAACAUCGUCAGUGGCAUGUGGAUCUUCAGGGUGAAGCGGCCGCCGGGUUCUCCGCCUGUCUUCAAGGCGCGUUACGUGGCUCGUGGCUUCAGUCAGCGGCAGGGAGUUGACUACUUUCAGACCUUCUCCCCCACCCCGAAGAUGACCACUCUUCGGGUACUGCUGCACGUUGCUGCUCACCGUGACUACGAGCUGCACUCUCUUGACUUCAGCACAGCUUUCUUGCAGGGCAGCCUGCACGAGGAGAUCUGGCUGCGUCGCCCACCUGGCUUCACUGGGUCUUUCCCUCCUGGUACCCAGUGGAGUCUCCGGCGUCCAGUCUACGGUCUCCGCCAGGCGCCACGUGAGUGGCACGACACACUGAGGACUACGCUUGCGGCUCUUGGGUUUGCUCCUUCUACUGCCGACCCGUCGCUGUUUCUACGCACCGACACCUCUCUGCCGCCGUUCUACAUCCUCGUGUACGUCGACGACUUGAUCUUUGCCACAGCUGACACUGCUGGACUCGCCUACGUGAAGUCCGAGCUGCAGAAGAGACACACGUGCACAGACCUGGGUGAACUGCGCAGCUACCUUGGCUUGCAGAUCACCCGGGACAGAGCACGCCGCACCAUUACCCUGACUCAGUCACACAUGGUGCAGCAGGUCCUUCAGCGCUUCGGCUUCACGUACUCCUCGCCUCAGGCCACUCCUCUGUCUACUCGCCACUCGCUCUCAGCUCUGCCUUCGGAUGAGUCCGUAGAGUCGAGUGGCCCGUACCCAGAGCUUGUUGGCUGCCUCAUGUACCUGAUGACCUGCACACGACCUGACCUUGCAUACCCUCUUAGCAUUCUUGCACGCUAUGUUGCUCCUGGGAGACACAGACCAGAGCACAUGGCUGCAGCGAAGAGGGUGUUGCACUACUUGUGCAGUACGUCGGGCAUGGGGCUAGUGCUUGGAGGGCGGAGUCCAGUGGUCCUCACUGGGCACGCGGACGCUUCUUGGGCUGACGACCAGGCUACGCAGCGGUCGUCACAGGGUUACACCUUCAGCCUUGGUUCCGGCUCUGUUUCGUGGCGGGCUACUCGCUCGUCUUCUGUUCUUGGCUCGAGUUGUGAGGCUGAGAUCUACGCCGGGGCCAUGGCUGCACAGGAGCUUCGCUGGCUCACCUACCUGCUGACCGACCUUGGAGAGCCGCCUCGUUCUCCUCCAGUCCUGUACGUAGACAACAAGGCCAUGCUGGCCUUGUUUGCGGCUUGCGUACGUGGCCUCUGA